AUGCCUUCCACCACUAACCGCUACAUUUUCCUAGGUAAAACGGAUCGCAACGAGAAAAAACACUCUCGAAAAAAAGCAUCGUCGAAUUCUCAUCAUAAAUCCAGCCACCGAUCAAAGGACGAACGGUCCUCGAGAGUUGACAAUUAUCACACAGAAAAGGAGACGUUCAAAUUUGAGACCGAUACAAAAAAGAUCACAGAUGAGGACUAUUUUCGACGUCAGCCGGAAUUUCGGGUCUGGCUUGCGCAAACAAAGAACAAAUAUCUCGAUGAUUUAUCUACAAAUGAAGCAAUCAAAUUGUUUACGACGGACUUUAUGAAGAAAUGGAAUCAUGGCAAAUUAGCUCGAAUGUUUUAUCAUGGAUUGCCGGAAGCUGUCGUGGAACAAACAAAACGGACACGGCAUUGUUGGGGAUUUGUGGCAAAACUGGGAGAAAAGGAGAAAUUAGAAGUAGCGACGGCGAAGGAUUCAGUGAAUGUAGCAACGAAGAAGGAGGAUUUACUGACGUUUCAUGAUGAGAAACGAGGAGAUAACAAGGAUGCAGCAAUGAGAGGAGGAGAAGGAGGAGAGAAGAGGAACAAGUACAGAAAUCAUGAGAAAAACUCUGAAUUGCAUGAGGAGAAUCAGGAUCAGGAUCAAUACAAGACAAAACGGCGUAAAGUGGGUCAUCAAAGAGAACGAGAGUACUGUGAUACAGUGCUUGAUGAACUGUUGCCAAAAGCAACUGGAAGAGAGGCUCAGAUUGAAAAACGACGUCAAGUUGGAGCAAGACUGCAUGGUCCAGCAAGAGAUCGAGAAGAUGCACGUGAUGGGCUUGAUCUGAGUGAAGACUUUUUGAUGGGUGGAAGCGGAGAUGGUGUCGACAAUUUAAAACGACAAAUUGCUUACCGUAACUUGGCUCGACGUCGAAAGCAGGAAGAGCAGGAGAAAAAAACUGGGCGAGUUGAAGGCGAAGGAGUCUGCGCGCAUGGAUAA